GUAGAGUAUUCUAGAAGAACCCCAUCCCGAGGCAACAAUACAGCUUCCCGACCCCCUCAGUCAACACAGUCUGUCCGGAACGACGGGACUGCUAUUAUCAUCCCAGAAGUGUUAAACUUACUGCAGUCCGCACGCUUUGGCUUGAAAACAACGAAGAAUGGGAAAGGGUCUCAGUUUUUAUUUCAGACGAUCGACAUGCGUUUCUUGAGAUUGACGGUGGUGUUGGCCGUGUUGGUCACGUUUGCACGUGGACUGUCGCUUUCCGACCUGCCCCACGAGGUUGAUGGUAAACAUAAUGAUCACUAUGACCACGAGGUGUUCCUAGGGAAGGAUAAUGCCGAGGAGUUCGAACAGCUGACGGAACAGGAGAGCAAGCGCCGCCUAGGGCUUAUCGUGGACAAGAUAGAUAAGGAUGGAGACGGGAGGGUCACGGAGGGGGAACUCAAGGACUGGAUUUGGUACGUCCGCAUCAGCUUUGUGGCCAACGACACAAACAGAGUCUGGAUCGUUCUCGAACACGAGGAUAACAAGCUGUCAUGGCCAGCUUACCUCCGCAAAACAUUCGGAUACGCUGAUGAGAACGUUGAUAGUCCCCACUCACCCUUGUACAAACACAGGGAGAGGGUGAAGGAGGAACGACGUCGCUGGGAGGCCGCCGAUAUCAACAAGGAUAAUCAACUGACGAAAACAGAAUUCAUGUAUUUCCUCCAUCCGGAGGAGGGCAAUCACACUAAGGAUAUCCUUGUACAUGAAUAUCUAGACAAGCUCGAUACGAACAAGGACGGUAAAAUCGAUGUGGAAGAGUUCAUAGCGGACGUGCAUCCUUCUGAUAAACGGACACAAGAUCCCACAUGGAUAAGUCUACGUAGGAAGGAGUUUACUAAUUACCGGGACAAAGACAGCGACGGAGUGCUGGAUUUCGAGGAGAUGAGAGAGUGGAUCAACCCCUCCAAUUAUAACCCCGCCCUGGUCGAGGCUAGGCAUCUUAUUCACCACUCAGACUUAAACAAGGAUGAGGUUCUCACCAAGGAGGAGGUACUCACCAACUUCAACAUGUUCGUAGGAAGUCAGGCGCUGGAUUACGGGGAGGUUCUUAAGAAUCAUGACGAAUUCUGAUAAGACCAUUUCGUAAAGUAGGACUCGGUGCUUAUCAUAAUACUUUAAACAUACACUGUACGCUAGACUACAUCUUAAUUUGUACAAAAUUACACAUGUACAGUGUCAUAUCAUACUUUACACUACACCCUUACUUGUUACAAAUGUACCAGCUUAAGUAAUCUGUUACCAAUUUAGCCCUUUCUCCAUGUACAAUAUCUGGAAAACCAAAGCUACAUGUAUAAUUUCGGUACUGUUCUUUAGGGCAGUUACGAGUGGUAAUGCCCUUGAGGAAAACUAAUAAAAACAAUAAAAAACCG